AUGUCUGGUAUAGCAAAUUUUAUUUUGGCAUUCGAGCCAGAGCGGGAGCCGUUUAAAAAUUAUUUAGACCGAUUAGAAGCACAGUUAACCGUGCUAAAAGUCAAAGAGGCAGAUAAGGCAAAUUAUUUAAUUGCAUAUAUUGGUCCUGAAACGUAUAAUCAUUUGAAAGUAGCAUGUUUGCCAGACGAACCGGGUGAUAAAGUCUAUGAUGAAUUAAUCACUAUCCUUGAAGGAAUUUUCUCUCCGCGUCGAUUAGUAGUGAGUGAACGAUUUAAAUUUAAUCAACGUGUUCAACGGGCAGGUGAAUCUAUCAAAGAAUUCAUAGAUAAUUUAAAAAAUUUAGCAAACUUUUGCGAAUUCGACGAUACGUUGCGGGAUCGUCUUAUUGUUGGUCUGAAGGAUGAAUCAAUACAACGCAAAUUACUUGCUGAGAAGACUUUAAAGUUUGAAAAAGCAUGUAAAAUCGCCUUAAAUUCCGAAUUAUUCGGUAAUCAAACUAGCCAAAUAAACCAGUGUUAUUCGCAAAUUAAUGCGGUUACUAAAUUAUACGUGAAAUUUAAGAAAAACACAAAUAAUCCCACGACGGUGUUUAAUAAAAAUAUAAACAAGUUCCAAGGGAAAAAUAGUAAAUUUAGUAGUCGAAGUGGUCCAUCAAAUCAAAAUUACGUCAGGGAUCCGCCGCAGAAUCAGUCAUCUCAAAUUAAUGAUAACUGUGUUCCAAGAUUUCAUAGAGCAUAUCAAUUACCAUAUGCACUUAGAUCAAAAGUAGAAGAUGAAUUAAGCCAUUUAAAAUGCAAAAAUAAAAUUUUUAAAGUAGUAAGUAGUGAGUGGGCAUUACCUAUAGUAGUAGUACCAAAAAAUAAUGGUAAGAUUCGUAUUUGUGUUGAUUUUAAGAUUACUGUAAAUCCAGCUUUAAGAGUGGACCAACACCCACUUCCUAGAGUUGAAGAGGUAUUCAAUGAGAUAUGUAAUUUUAAAGUAUUUACUGUGGUGGAUCUAUCUGAUGCUUAUUUGCAGCUAAAAGUUGCACCUAGUAGUCUCGCGAUGCUAACGAUUAACACAUAUAAAGGCCUGUAUCAAUAUAAUAGGUUAUGCUAUGGUGUUGCGUCAGCACCGGCUAAAUUUCAAGCAACAAUGGAAAAUUUAUUGUUAGAUAUUCCUAAUGUAUAA